CAGGUUUUGUUCUGUUCACGCUCAGGGAGCAGUUCCAGCGUCUGGGAUGCCGCUGUCAGGAAGCGUGGUCUGCAAAAACCACCGCGUCGGACGGGAGCUGCAGGAUGGAUUUUGAUAAACUGUCAUGAAUGGGCCUUUCCCUCCCGCACAAUGUCUAACCCCAACACCAGCAUCAACUCCACGGAACCGACCUCCAUCGCAACCAAUGACACUUGUGCCACACAACCGGGAGCAGUUCACAUUCCGAUUAUAUUCAUGACUAUCGGGGUCCUGUCGAAUUGCGUCGCCCUCGGGAUUCUUGUGAAAACCUACAAAAGGUUCAGGCAGAAAUGGAGAGCGUCCUUCCUGCUGUUCGCCAGUGGACUGGUUUUCACAGACUGCUUGGGGCAUGUCAUCACCGGGGCAAUAACAAUCAGGGUGUACGCACUGGAGAAAGACUGGGCAAGGAUUGACUCCUCAGGGCACCUCUGCCCAUUUUUAGGGACCAGCAUGGUUUUCUUCGGCCUCUCAGCUUUGUUCCUUGGCAGUGUCAUGGCAAUCGAGCGGUGCCUGGGCAUCACCCAGCCUCUUUUGCAUUCUGCCAAGAUGACCGCCCAGUGCGCCAAAUUUAUCUUGAGCGGCACUUGGCUGUUUGCCCUGUGCAUCGCUUUGCUGCCCAACCUAGGCCUUGGAAAAUAUACAGUUCAGUGCACUCAGUCGUGGUGCUUUCUAAAAACAAGCAACAUUACAUUUGUGACAGAGAGAGGAAUUCUGCUGCUAUUCUCCUCCUUGGGAUUGACUGCCCUUGGCAUUUCCUUACUGUGCAAUAUGAUUAGUGGCGUGGCUCUGUUAAGAGCUCGAGUGAGGAGCAAACCCCACAGGCAAGGAAAAUCUCACCAUGUAGAAAUGUUGGUCCAGCUAAUGACCAUAAUGUGCGUCUCCUGUAUUUGUUGGGGUCCAUUUCUGGUAAUCGUGGCAAGGAUAGGCAGCUUAAAUGCGGGCCGACCAGUGAUCACUUCACUUCUGUUCAGCGUUCGACUGGCAACCUGGAAUCAGAUCUUAGAUCCCUGGGUUUAUAUCCUGCUUCGCAAAUCGGUUUUGAGGAGGAUUUGGAAACUUACUCACCUUUGCAUGGGAAAGCCAGACAUCCGGCUCCACAGUUGGAACUGUAGCUCACUCCAAAGCACAAUUAAGACAGCUGCCAUGGAAAGAUCGAUAUCUACUGCUAAAAGACAGUCACAGAUUGCCAGAAUAAAUGAAAGCCAGUGAUAGUUUAUUGGUUUUAUGCAUGUGCUAUACCAGGAUUGUCUAAGCUAUAACUGGUAGGCUGCAUGGGACCUACAAACUCAACCGUUAAGACAGCUGGGCCCCAUUUGCGCUUAUACGUUUUACUUGCUGUGUUGCCCUACUUGAAAUUUGUGGGCCUGGAAGUUUGGGAAAGGCUGAUUAGUAUAAACUGCAAAUCAGAACAGCAAAAUCUGUUAGUAAAGGCCACUUAAGAUGCAUUCAAAUCAGCAGAAACAUUGAUUCACAUUUUAUAAGUGGCCCAUGGAGUUAUGAGAUGUGUACCUAGAGGUUCAUGAAGAUAACAAUGUUGGACACCCCUGUGAUUUUUAAUUAUGUUGUGUAUUUGCACAGUUGGAAAUAAUACAUUGCAAGUUUUCAUAUUGGCAGCUUGAGACAAUAUAUAUGGGCUGUCUUUGCCAAUUGUUCUCCAUAAACUCUAUAAGCACUUUUGUAUUGGUACUAGGGUUCUGGGAGAGAAAUCUUCAAACAGAAAUCUCUGGACAUCAUUGCUGGUUUCUGUUGAAAAGUAAUGGCACAGGGAGCUAGCAUUGGGCUCGAUGGGCUGAAUGACCUCCUUCUGUGCUAUGACCAUUCAAUAUUCUGUGCUUUGUCACAUUCAUACAACUUUCUGACAUACUCCAUAACUAAUGGAAUAGUUUUGAAACUAUAUAGAUAGACACAUCAGCCAAUCACCCACAGAAAGGUCCCAUUGGUGGCAAUUCAAUGAAUAACCAAUUAAUCUGUUUUGGUGCUGUUGGUUAAGGGAAGGACAUUGAUCAUGACAUUGGAAGAACUCGCCUGCUUUUCUUCAAACAGUGCCAUGGGAUCUAUUACAUCCAUCUGAACGGAUGGAUGCAGCUUCAGUUUAAUGUGCAAAACCUAUUCCCCUGUCAAUGCAGCAUUCCACAGGUAUUGCACAACAGCUUUAUCUGCUCAUGUCCUGGAGUGGGGCAUGAACCCAAAACAAGCAAACAUUGCUAGAUAGCAAAGGCCCACCCAGUUCGCCUUCUACCAUCUAGUAGUCGCAUAACGCUGGAGAUGUUCUCUAAACAAUCUCUAGCAAUGAGUCUACAACAGACCUGGGCAUGAGGUGAGAAAACCCCUUGAUGAUGAAGAGCUUUGAGAGCCAUAGGUCCAAAGUCGCCUUGUCUUCCCAAGCAUGCUACAUGCACCUCAGAUUGUGCGUGUCUUAGAUUGCUCAUAACCUCUUCACUCAGAGGUGAGAGCUCUCCCUUUGCCUACUGCUGACUGUAGGACAAAGCCUGGGCUUACUGUGCCUCCAUGUUAGCAUCCAAGUCAGGCACACAGACAAGCCUCCUUAAUAUUAUAUAGCACUAAACAGCCACCGAUGUUGGUGGUUGACAUCACGUGGUACACCCAGGUGGUGUUUGGUUGCAAUGGUUGCCAAGCAGUCAUCGAGGAUCAACACCCUGAGGGCUGCACAGGUUUGGAAGCCACAAAGCUGCCAAAGGCCAGGGUUCAUAACCUAACAAAGAAAUCAGUGCUUCCUGAGAAGACUAUUGGGCAGAGAGGAAACAAGAGGGAGAAAGAGCAAAAAAAAAAUCCUGUAGUUUAAACAGUUGUGAAGAAUGAAGGAAAGUCAACCAGCUGAGGAGCUUUAAGGAGGAGUCUUCGUGUCCGUAAGAAAAUCACUGUCAAUUUACCCACAGGUUUCUGAUACGUCUGGGACCUUGGGAUAAAUAUUUCCCAGGACAGCAGGAAGAACCCCGAUGCUCCCCUUCAAAAUAGUGUUGUGAGGUAUUUUACACCCACCUGAGAGGGCAGACUGGGCCUAGGUUUAAAUUCUCAUCCAAAAGACAGCACCUCCAACAGUGCAGCGCUCCCACAGUGUUGCAAUGGAGUGUCAGCUUAGAUUUUGUACUCAACUCUCUGGAGUGGGACAGAAACCAGAACCUUCUGACCCAGAAGCCAGUACUACAGGCUGACCCAGAUUGAAAGCCAUGCGCAGUCUGAGCAGGCGGUCAAUUUGCUACGGGCACGCUUCACUCUCCUAGAGCCAACCGAUUUCCCCUCCAAUGCUUCUAUAUUGUGGGGAGGUGAUGGCGUAGUGGUACUGUUGCUGAACUAGUAAUCCAGAGGACCUCCCCCCCGGCUCUGCCCCCCACAAAAAUAGUGUUCUGGGGACCUGGGUUCAAGCCCCACCAUGGCACAAAGUGGAAUUUGAAUUCAGUAAAAUUCUGGAAAUUAAAAUUUAAAAAUGACUAUGAAACCAUUUUCGAUUGAUGUAAAAACCCACCUGGUUCACUAAUGUCCUUUAGGGAGGGACAUUUGCUGCUCUUGCAUAUGACUCCCGAUCCACAGCAAUGUGGUUGACUUUUUAAAAAAAUGCCCUCUGAACAAGGGCAACUAGGGAUGGGCAAUAAAUGAUAGCCUAGCCAGUGACGCCCACAUCCCAUGAAUGAAUAAAAAAAAAGUAUAGAGGGCUAAUGCGAAUUCAUUUUUUAAUAUUAAAUUUGUUGAUAUCGUAAAUGUUUCAAAUAUAUUUCUGUUCAUAUUGCCCCCUGCCCCUCGAGAAUGUUGCACACAAUGAAAAUGUAUUUCCAAAUUGUCUGGAAAGCAUCAACAGAUUGUCUACUCCUGUCUUUAUAGCCUUGCAUACCUGUCUAUCAUUUCUUCACCUGAGUGCAAUAUGUACUGACAGAAAGAUUACAUGAAUGAGAUGGU